AUGGCUGUUCCCGGUACUCAGAUCUCCAAGAGGAGAAAGUUCGUUGCUGACGGUGUUUUUUACGCCGAGCUAAAUGAGUUCUUCCAGCGAGAACUCGCUGAGGAGGGCUACUCCGGCGUCGAAGUCCGAGUCACCCCGACCGUCACCGACAUCAUCAUCCGCGCAACACACACCCAGGAGGUUCUGGGCGAGCAGGGUCGCCGCAUUCGCGAGCUCACCAGCCUCAUUCAGAAACGUUUCAAGUUCCCCGAGAACUCGGUCUCCCUCUACGCCGCCAAGGUCCAGAACCGCGGUCUCUCGGCCGUCGCCCAGUGCGAGUCGCUCCGGUACAAGCUGCUGAACGGUCUCGCCGUCCGCCGUGCUUGCUAUGGUGUCCUCCGUUUCAUCAUGGAGAGCGGUGCCAAGGGUUGCGAGGUCGUCGUUUCCGGCAAGCUGCGCGCCGCCCGCGCCAAGAGCAUGAAGUUCACCGACGGCUUCAUGAUCCACUCCGGCCAGCCGGCCAAGGACUUCAUCGACAGCGCCACCCGUCACGUCCUUCUCCGCCAGGGUGUGCUCGGUAUUAAGGUCAAGAUUAUGCGCGGCAGCGACCCCGAGGGCAAGGCCGGCCCGCAGAAAUCGCUCCCUGACGCCGUCACGAUUAUCGAGCCCAAGGACGAGGCCCCGGUUGUUCAGCCCAUGAGCCAGGACUACGGCGCUAAGGCCGCCGCCGCCCAGGCUGCUGCUGAGGCUGCCCGUCAGGAGGAGCAGGCCGGUGAGGAGGAGCCCGCCCCCGCGGAGCAAUAG